UCGCGAACAGCCGUGUAUUGGUAUAGUUCGGUUCUCACUUGCGGUAUUUGGAGUUAGGGCCGAGUGAUCGCUUUCGACCGCCAUUUCGCCGUCGUAGCAUGUGCCCACUAGUCCGGAAUCACGUAUACUAUUUACCGUAUCGUCAUUCGUGCAAUAAACUCGUAUCUUACGGCUACCGUUAGACGGAUAACCAUAUUUUCGCAAUUCUCGCUUUCGCGUGUGAUAGAGAAUACGCUCACGUUUUCACUCAUCGUUCGCGUCGGAUGAUCAUGUGUGCAGUGAUAGUAUGAUCUCUUGGAUAUUCCAGUGAGUCUCCUGUAGCGAGCCCCUAUACCGGGUGGCCGAGUCGAUCGCGCGCGAAGUAACGGCUUGUUCCUUUGCUGUCGAUCUCGCAAACGGCGAUUAAAAAAAGAGAGAGAGAGAAAGUUGAGAGUGAGUUGAUACGAGAUCGUCGUAGACAGAGGGAGAAGGAAAGGGCGUCCGGUGUUCGAAAGGGAUCGAUUGAUUUCCGAGAAGACGAGACUUGGACAGUUGUCAGAAUGAGCUGCUGCACCAGCGCGUCUAUGGUUACGCAGACUUGCGAGACUCUUCUCAGCAAGUGCGAGAUCCCGAUCAUCGAUCUCGCUCAUAUGGGCACGGAGAGAUGCCCCCAGAAGGGAGUUGUAAAGCAGGUGGCCUCGAAACUGCUAAGGGCGCUGUCCGAGAAAGGACUGGCCUUGCUUGUCAACCACGGCAUUCCAGAGUGCAAGAUGAAGGCAGCUUACAGAGCUCUAGAUACAUUUUGUGAGCUACCAGACGAAACGCGAGCAAAAUACGAACGCGUUUCGCCGAAUAAUCACGGCUACAUUAAACCAGGCAAGGAGAAAUUUUCAGAUGAGGUGGAAUUUCGCCAUACAUUCAACGUAACCGGAUAUGAAGGAACCCUGCCAGAGGAUGAGGUUCAUGGAUUUAGAUCAGCGGUAGAGGAAUUGGCACGCGAUUUCAAGCAAUUGGCCUCUAUGCUUCUCACUGCUCUGUCUGUGGGCUUGGAACAGUCCCCCGACUUCCUUCCGUCCAAGCACGCACAUAUGCUUGGUCCUGGCAACGAGUCCACCCUACGUCUCCUUUACUAUCCACCACUCGGUGCACCGGUACAAGGACUGACCCGAUGUGGCGCUCAUUGCGACUAUGGCACUUUCACUUUGUUGGCGCAAGAUUGUGAAGGAGGCCUUGAAAUACAAACUCCACAUGGGGAACGAUGGGCUAGAGUGGGCCAUCUCCCAGGCGCCAUAUUAGUGAACACUGGCGAACUACUGGCGCAUUGGACUAAUGAGCAACUUCCAGCGCUUAGACAUCGCGUCGUUAUACCGGAACAUUGCGGUCGCGGUCGCCAUUCCAUCGCCUUCUUUGUACACCCAAACGACGAUGUUUCCAUCGAACCGUUAGAGACAAACAUCACCAUAGCCAACCAGGAAACGAUCCCUUGCCGCCUUCAAAAGAAGAAACGUAGCGUCCUCUCGGCGUAUCAACAUCUUCAACGACGAUUUCGCGAAACUUAUGCGUCUUAAUAUACUCCACGUGAUUCCCGGGAUAUUCCGUUAAGGUGAUCUAUAUUGCCAACCUAAAAUCGAAAAUUAAAUUUUCACAAGGCUCGUGGGGUUAGAGCAAAGAUGGAACUUCGCGGCGAUUCUGAAGAUACCUAAUUUUACGGAAGGUGAAAUUAAGAUUAUCGCAGACUAUCUUUUAAAAUCCGACUAUGUGCAUAUCGCUGUCUUGUUGCAUAUCGUUUGAUGCAUAUUGUAAAAAAAAAUAUUUAAAGAACGCGCAUGUUCAUUCCACUUAACGCAGAGCAAGAUUGAUACUUUCAGUUCUGACAAAUUUGAACAUAAUAUAGUUUAUCUGUCUUAAUUUCACAAUAGCAUUCAAGAAUUUGGUAUCUCCCCCAAAGCGAAAUUACGAUAGACUGUAUAUGUAAAAGAUGUAAAAAAAAAAUGUGAAAGAAAAGAUUGCGAUUCUCUCAGGCAAUAAUAAAAAAAAAAUUUGUACUUAA